AGCAGUUCUGUAGUGUUGAUGGUCGUGCUGUAAAUGGACUGAUACUCUACACUGUCAUAGUUUCCUUUUUAUUAGUUGAUAUAAUUAUCAGCCAGCAUGGCGUUCGCUCGAAAAGGAAAGUUUACAAUUUUUAUGUGUGUUCUUCAAAUUGUAUUUUUGAUUCUAUUUGGAGUUUUCGGUGACUAUGACCCUGCAGCCAAACCAAGACAUGAAGAUAAGAGUACCGACAGUACUAUCGGCAUGUAUCCAAUGUUCCAGGAUGUACAUGUGAUGAUAUUUAUCGGUUUUGGAUUUCUGAUGACAUUCCUCAAGAGAUACGGUUACUCGGCUGUCAGUAUCAACCUCCUCAUCGCCGCCGUCAUCAUCCAAUGGGCGCUCAUCGUCCGAGGUGUCAUCCAUCAACUUCUACACGAGGAAGACAAAUUUACGAUCGGUGUAGGGGACAUGCUGAGUGCCGACUUUGCAGCGGCGACAGUUCUGAUUUCGUUCGGAGCUGUGUUGGGGAAGACAAGCCCUCUCCAGCUCAUCGUCAUGGGGCUCAUCGAGGUCGUGCUGAGUCAGAUUAAUGAGUACAUCGGACUCGACAAACUCAAGGCUGAAGACGUAGGCGAGUCCAUGUACAUUCACGCAUUUGGUGCCUAUUUUGGUCUCGCUGUUUCCCGAGUUCUCUUCUCGGAAGACAUCGAAAAGUCGUCAAAGGAAGGGGCAGUAUAUCACUCCGACAUUUUCUCUAUGAUCGGCACGGUGUUUCUGUGGAUCUACUGGCCGAGCUUUAAUGGCGGGGCGGCCAGUGGGGACGAACAACAUCGAGCUCUGGUCAACACCUAUCUGUCACUCACCGCCUGUACCGUGGCCACCUUCGCCUUCUCCAUGUGUGUCGACAAAAACGCCAAGUUCGAUAUGGUUCAUAUCCAGAACGCGACACUCGCGGGGGGUGUGGCUGUAGGGACCACGGCUCACAUGCCGCUAGAACCUUGGGGAGCCAUGCUGAUUGGUACAGUGGCCGGGAUCAUAUCUGUUCUCGGAUACAAAUUUCUCACGCCACUCUUGGCAAGUAAACUUAGGAUCCAUGACACUUGCGGUGUCAACAAUCUCCACGGCAUGCCGGGAAUUCUAGCGGGAAUCGCCGGAGCAUGCGCAGCAGCCUUAGCCAAUUAUGAAAAGUGGGGUGAAAGUUUGUUUGAAAUUUUCCCCGGGAUCGCUCCUACCUACAACUCUAGUGACUAUAACCAGUAUCAUGACGCCCUACAAUCGGGCUGGAGCGCAGGACUGGGACGGUCUCCUCACGAACAGGGGGGUUACCAAUUUGCUGCCUUGGGAAUCACGCUGGUGAUUGCUAUUGUAGGGGGCGCGCUAACUGGUUUGCUGUUGAAGUUGCCGGUGUGGGAUAAUCCUAAAGGCGAUGUCUUGUUUGACGAUGGCGAUUUCUUCACUGUAGCCGAGGAAGGGUUCCCCUUCUCUGGUGAACAUGCCAUGAACGGCAUAAAGGAAGACACUCAAAUUCACUUAAUGGAAAAAGAGUAGACAGGUCGGUGUUGUAAGUGGUUUCGGUAUGUCCCCGGGCUUAAGUGUGUUACCCGGUACAGCGAUGGACUAGAUACAAGUAAGUUCCUAGCGUCAAAACGAAACGAAGGCGUGUACAAUAAUAUCACAACGAUAACUUAUUCUAAACAAACCAUAAGAACUCCCCACAAUCUGUCCGUUCACAUAUAAAUUAGCCCACUGGUCAACGCGAGACAACUCUAACAUCACGUGGUCGUUAUGAUAAGACUACUAGACACGUGAUGGGGAACCAUAGUGCCUUAUUAAUGGUCCUACAGCCUGGUUACGUAUAUAUAGCUUAUAAAGAACGAGUUAAAUAUAGCUAAGUUAGUAAAAAAAGGUUCUAUAGCCUAGUUACGUAUAUAUAGCUUAUAAAGAACGAGUUAAAUAUAGUUAAGUUAGUAAAAAAAGGUUCUACAGCCUAGUUACGUAUAUAUAGCUUAUAUAGAACGAGUUAAAUAUAGCUAAGUUAGUAAAAAAAGGUUCUACAGCCUGGUUACGUAUAUACAUCUUAAACAAAACGAGUUAAUAAAGUUAAGUUCGGAAAAAAGGUUCUACAGCCUGGUUACGUAUAUACAUCUUAAACAAAACGAGUUAAUAAAGUUAAGUUCGGAAAAAAGGUUCUACAGCCUGGUUACGUAUAUACACCGUAUAUAGAACGAGUUAGAUAAAUUUAGGUCAGACAAAAGGUUCAACAGCCCGGUUACAUAUAUACACAUAUUUGCAAGUCAUUUGAGCACAAUAAAAAAUGCACACACAUUCAAUACCCUAACAUCAAAACGCUCGUAAUGUAAAGUUACCCAAAUUGUAAAGCCGAAUAUCAUUUAAUAUGUCAAUAUAUAAACAGAUCCACAUCGUAACACCAAAUCUCACUAAAUCUGUCUAGACACGUGCGAUAUGAUUUAAAGUUUACUGACGAGAUUUGGCCUUUUAUCUGUUUCGUUUUGACGCCUGGAACAUACUUCACAGUAAUAUGUCUGCGUGCUUGUUUGUGGCGGUUUACGGUGAACUGAUGCAUGCAGUGACUAACCCUUAGAGGCUAGAAUCGUUGUUUGACUGUAUUAUUUCUUCAUUAACAAAUUCGAAAUUAUUUUAAGUAUAUAUAGGCAAUGGAAACCAAAGGUCUUCAUAGAAAUUUGCUGUGGUUGUAUCAUGGUAACAAAAUUAUCAAAUGAAGAAGAUGUAUUCGUAAAAUAUAUACUAUUGAAAUAUGAGAGGGAAAAUGAUAUAUCAUUAUUUUUGUUUUGAUAAUUGUGAUUUGUCUCCCUACUAUGUUUAAUAUAUUAUAACACUACACUGUAAGCGGAUAAGGAUGUGAAUUUGAUGCCAAAUGACAGUAACAUUGUUAUUGUAAUUUUAUUAUUCGGUAAUCUAUAAUCCUAUCACAAGAUACCAUUGCUGUCCGUUACUUAAGCUUGGAGAGAGGAAACAACCGUUAUUGGGUUAAUAUUAGGCUUAUAUGGAUAAAAAAAAACUGUUUAUACAUUUAACAUUGUAAGGCAUUAGUUAAAUAAUGAUAAAACGUCCUCUGUACAUGUAGAAUUAUAUAACUAUUUAGAUAAUAAGACAUAUUUGCCGAAUGUAAUAUUUUGAGAUUUAUUAUGAAAUGUGCGUUUAGUAUAUAAAUAUAUUGGAUACAAACUCGUGGUUAAUGAAUUACAUCUCACCAGGGACCAGAUUCAUUGUAAAUUAUCUAAAUUGUAUAGUUGCUUCAGACAAAAAUGCGACUUAAGGGCAACCAUAGUUUUACGAACAGUAUGAGUAUUUAAUAAUGAAGAUAAAUGUUUCAAUUAAAAUGUUUGGUAGGAAACAUGGAUUAUUGUUUCGACUUUCGAUUCAUCUUCAGAUAAACUUCACAAUCAGCCAUCAUAUAAGUGAACCGAAACUAACAGAAAUAUCAAACAAAAUAUAACUCCAUCAUCUUUAUCUGAUGUUACCAGGAAUAUCUCAAAAAAUAAAAAUGAAAUAACAUAUGCGGAAAAGAAGUCAGAAACACCAGUACAACAUAGAAUAUUGAGUGAUGGUAUUGCAGUACAAAUUUUGAACAUCAAACAUUUAGCGAUGAUAUUGUAGUACAAUUUAACACUGUGAACACUUAACAUUAAGCGAUGAGCAUUGGUAUUGUACUGCUAGCUGUGAACGAUGGACAUUGAGUGAUAGUAUUGUAGUACUAGUAAUGAACAUUGAACACUGAACAAUGGUAUUAUAGUAAAACAGUGAACACUGGACAUUGAGCGAUGGCAAUGGAUUAAAAUUAUGAACACUUAGCAUGGAGCGAUGGUAUUGUAUUAAAAUUAUGACACUUAACAUGUAGCGAUGUUGUUGUAGUACAAUUUGUAAACAUUGAGCAAUGGUUUUGUAGUACAGGUUGUGAGCAUAGGACAUUGGACGUUGUUUUUGUAUAACAUAGUUUGCCAGUAAACGAAAAUAAUUUAAUUUUGUAUGAAACACGCAUUUUCAUUGGCUGAAAUAAUUUUGUUAUACCUCCAUAACAAAAUUUUUGACGUUGCAAAAUGUAACGUCAUUUUUGAUUGGCUGAUGACGUUGUGUAAUAAUUUAUCACAGAAAAGAGUUCGCCAAAGAAAGUGAAAUAUCUUAGUGUGUAUAAGACGAAAUUAAAUUAUAAGAAUUAACAUUAAUUAUUUUUUCUGUUAUACAGUCAUAACAUAAAAAAAACUGGAGUGUACUCUCUUAAUAAACCGCUUCGCGGUUUAUUUAGAGUACACUCCAGUUUUUUCUGUUAUGACUGUAUAACAGAAAAAAUAAUUGAUGUUAAUCCUUAAUCAACAGAAUUUGAAUGGUAGCAUCGUACAUCAUCAAUAUGAUAUCUACCUACAUAAUUAAACAUUACGGUUGAUUGUAUACAAGUUUUUAUCAUGUUUAUAUGGAUAUCUAAGAAAGAUGUUUUAAUAUAAUUAUAUCAUGUUAACAAAAUCUACUAAUUUUAAUAAAAACAUAUUA